UUGGACUUAUGUAUUUCUUUUUAUUCAAGAACUCUAUCCAAUAUAUACACAUUUUCCUUUUGGCUUUUGUCAUUUGUGUAUUUAAGACUUUGAAUAAUGUUUUUAAAUAUUAACUUUAAUCUUUCAUACACCUUUCAGAAAUUUACUAUUCGUAUUUUGUUUUGUGUAUUUUGUAACACACAAGUUGUAAAUGAUUAUGUAUUGUUUUUCUGUUCAGUUCCAUCUUUCAUUUUUAUGCUUAACAAUGUCUUCUUAGUCAUAUAUGCCCGCCUACAUUUUCUUCUAGUUCUUUCAUUAGAUGUAUCUAGUAUUAAUUCAUCACCCAUUUCAUGCAUGGUAUUUUUUUUUCAUGAUGGGGACAUGAAAUAAAUAUUCUGAUUUUUAAAUGUUUCCAUUAUAAUUGGCUACCAUUGUCAAUUUUCUUAUUGAUUCUGAUACUUGUUCAGUUUCUUAGUUUUCCAGGUAAUAAUUUAUCUGCAAGUCAGUGUAACUUAAUUAUUUAUUUUUUAAUAGCUCAGUAUUCUCAUUGCCUUUUGUUGUUUCAUUGAGAACUUCCAGUACAAUGUUAGGAGGGGGAAAAAAACAACGGGAAUGGCACCAAUCCUUCUCUUGUUCAUCUUUAUAUUCCUUAGAACAUAUGGAAUGCGUUCUGACAUAGAACUUAUUAAAGAGUAAUUUGGAAUUUUCUGAUGAAUCAACCGUUGUCUUUAAUCUUCACAAGUUUGAAAGGUAUACGUUACUGUUCCCAUUUCCCAGAUGGAGAAAUUGAGGUUCAGGAAGGUUACACAAAGUCCCGGGUCUAAGAAAAAUGUCUCCCAGAUUCCAAAAGAUGUGUCUAUUUUGCUAAUAGUGGCCAUUCAAGCAUUAGGGGAAAGGUUGCCCGUGGUAUCGCUGGUGUUUCUUCUUCCCACUUUCAAAUCUAGAAUAGUAAAAUAGCAAAAAUCCCAACGGGCAUGAGAGUUAUCAUAGUAGAUAGGGUAGGUUGGUUCUCUGCUGUGGUCAACGUCAGCUCUGUGGCGAGGCGGGUUCUCCCAACAAUAGUCCACACCAUUUCCAGGCUUUUCUCGGCGACGGGCAGCCCGGAGUGCGGAACUUCUCUGGAUGCGCCCGGCCCCCAAAGCGAGGAGACAAGACAGCCCCGAUUCUCCGCAGCCCCAGGUUUACUCGUCAAGGACCGAGGGGCCUCUCAGCUCCGACCGCCUCCUCUCCGCCCCCUGCAGGCCGGCCGGAGGGACAGCUCAGGGCCCAGGUCGGUGAAGGGAGCACGGAACCAAAGAGCGCUAGCGCCGGUCCGGCCAUCUUUCCACAAAGCCCAGGCCGGUCCGCCCCGCCGCGGAGACUCAGCACGGAUCGCGGCUCCCUACCGCCAUGGCGCGGGUGCUGAUCGUGGGCGCCGGGGUGACAGGAAGCUUGUGUGCUGCGCUGCUGAGGAGGCAGACGUCCCGUCCCUUGUACCUUGCUGUGUGGGACAAGGCUGAGGACUCAGGUGGAAGAAUGACUACAACCAGCAGUCCUCAUAAUCCUCAGUGCACAGCUGACUUGGGUGCUCAGUACAUCACCUGCACUCCUCAUUAUGCCAAAAAGCACCAACGUUUUUAUGAUGAACUGUUAGCCCAUGGCAUUUUGAGGCCUCUAACCUCGCCUAUUGAAGGAAUGGUGAUGAAAGAAGGAGACUGCAACUUUGUGGCACCUCAAGGAAUUUCUUCAAUUAUUAAGCAUUACUUGAAAGAAUCAGGUGCAGAAGUAUACUUCCGACAUCAUGUGACACAGAUCAAUCUAAGAAAUGACAAAUGGGAAGUAUCCAAACAAACAGGCCCCCCCGAGCAGUUUGACCUUAUUGUUCUGACAAUGCCAGUUCCUCAGAUUCUGCAGCUUCAAGGUGACAUCACCAACUUAAUUAGUGAAUGCCAAAGGCAGCAACUGGAGGCUGUGAGCUACUCCUCUCGAUAUGCUCUGGGCCUCUUUUAUGAAGCUGGCACGAAGAUUGAUGUCCCUUGGGCUGGGCAGUACAUCACCAGUAAUCCUUGCAUACGCUUCGUCUCCAUUGAUAAUAAGAAGCGCAAUAUAGGGUUGGUAUAUAGAAUUCCUCUCAAGUGCCAACUCCAAUUGACUGGUGGUGGCUGCCUGAGGCACCGAAGGGAGAAGGAUGCUGAGGCCCUGCUGGGCUUCCUGGAAAGACUGCCACGAUUGAUUAGUGAUGUCUGUCAGGAGUUGCUGCACCUGUGUCACCCCCAUAAUCUAUGAUACAGUUGGGGAAAUUUGCCCAGCAAGAUGAAUGAUCUGGGAAGACAACCAGACUUGGUUCUGGAAUUGGUACAUUUACCUUUGAAAAUGAACAAAUGGAUUCUUAGAUAACCAGUACAUCUCUGUCAGUUUCACCUGAGGCUGCUCAUUUGGGUGAGCUGAGAAAAUGGAGUGUUUAAACCAGCAAUGCUAAAGACAUUAGAAGUCCUAACACCAACAAUGCUACUUAACUGAAAAAGCACUGCUUAAAGGAUCCUACCAUUCAUUAUAUUUUGACUUGUUGUGCAUUGAGAAACUGUGGAGUAUUUACCAUCCCUCUCCCAUCACCCUACUUAAUACUUGCCGUAUUUCUUCAACUAUAAGAUGCCACCCCAUCAGUGUACACCAGGAGACAGUCAAGAUGUAGUUUUCACAUGUGUGAACUUGGUUAUUUCUGGUGCUCUUGGAGUGGGCAGCUGUAACUUCUUGAUAUUUAAACUAACAAAUUAUUUAAGAACAAUUUGAGGAAAGAAUAUGAGUCUCGUUACUGUCUGAAAACCUUUCUUUCCCAAUGAAGAGAAAAAAGCAUAAUCCAUACUUGCAGAACAGUGUCAGCAGCUCAGAAGAAAACCCUAGAAAAAAUAAUUCAGUGGAACAUCCUUGUCAGAAAUGCCACACUGCCAGUGUUUUAGACAGCACAGAGGACAGACUGAAUAGGGAAGUGCAUGGAUAUCAGACAUCAGCAUGUCUGAGUUAAAGAGUGGUUCAGAGAAGUCCAUCUCUAAAUGCGAGCCUUUAGAAGGGCUUAACCAAUGUAUUUCUCUUUUAUUUCCUUUUUAUGUUUGCAAAAGAUACACAUAGACAAAUCCGAAAGAACUUUUCUAUUAAGUAUAAAAUAAACUUUUGUGUCAUGUUGACACCAUUUUUCUUUCUCAUUGGUACAUAAAAUAUUGUUGUGUUUUAUGGUGCCUUAAAUUCAAUGAAAUGUGGUAUAAUUUGCAUUCAUGGUAUAAGUUAGGAAACGUAGCAGCAAAAAUUUGAUUAUUCAUUGUCCAAGCUCCCUGAUCGCAUUAGUUGCACAUCUAGAAUUAGAAUUUAUAAAACCUUAAUUCUUGCCUACCCUCUUGAGUGUCACCUGUUGCCAUAUUUCAGAAAGGUUUGUUUAAGUAACCAAAUUAUGGGCUGGAUAGCUGAAUAGGUCAGCCUAAAAUAAAGCCACUCUAUAGGCCAAACAAAUGACUGUUCUCUAUGGGUAAAUGUUUCCUAGUCCAAGGACACACUGUAGCUUUAGCAUAGAUAUAAAAGGAAGAAUGGACAUUAUUUGAAUUAUUUUGCUAAUAAUCAACUGUCAUUUUGAUAAGAAAUACUUAGCCUCCUUGUCUGCCUACCUCUUUCUUUUCAUCUUUAAUUUCAUUUUCACACCAAAAGCACUUUUUUGUGUGAACUUUUACAAUUAGUAAUCAUGGUACAAAGAAACUAUUAGGCUGAACCAUAUACAAAUUGACAAUAUUUUACCAUUUUUGACCUACAGAAUCAGCAAGUUUGUGUGGUUCAACUUAAUACAUGACAGGAGACAGUCAUUAAAGCAGUGCACGGUCUGAGGCCAGAGGACAUCCCUUCAUUCAUCAUUAUUAAGAAUCUUCUAAGUACAAUAGUUCCUCCAUUUGAGCUUCUCCUCAGCUAUAUGGGGAGCCUCUGAAUAACACUUUUUGUGUAGGUUUUCUGUCAAGACCUUCAUUUGAUCAACUGUGUACAAUAUCUUUUAACUCAAUAAACAUUUAUUGCACACUUUAAUAUGAUCCGGGCACUGUUCUCAGCCUUGGAUACAAAGAUCAGUGAGUCAGAGCCCCUAUUCUUAGAAGCUUGCAGUCUAGGAGGGGAGGAGACAGGCAUGGACAUCAUUACAGUGCAAAAUAGCAAGUAAUAUAA